AUGAAAGUUGCCACUGUCUUUUCUUUGUUCCUGCCUCUGUCCGAUCUUUCCCUCGCUGGUCCAAUUCAGCGCAGCACGGCUCUGCAGGUCCAGAGCUUUUAUGCCGAAUAUACCCAUGAAAGCAUGGGAGCCCUUCACUUUGUGGUGCACGAUACGAUGCAGAGUGAUAGCUGCAGUCUAAUCUGGAAUACGACUAGUGCUGUCCAGCCCGGCCUUGCGCCGAACAAAUGCCUUAACCAGCGAUUUGAAUUUGGCUUUCGCUAUGGUAUUGGCAACAUCGAGGCCUUUACACUCGUCGUGCAGCAUGUGAAUGCCACCCAGCAAGGCUAUGAAACGGUUAGUGCAUAUGCAAAGAACUCAAACUGGGUCUGUACCGAGAAUCCAGUGGAGGGUGUGGUGGAGCGGUAUUUACCUGCAGUGAAACUACUUGGCAUUGACUACAGCUAG